AUGUCUGGGAACAUUCCUGGCCCAAGCAGAGCCUUGGAGAUCCAAGUGCCGUGCAUUGUGUUUCUCGUUGUGACGCCAGCAUUCGUUGGAAUGCGCUUUUUGGCACGAGUAAAGUCCAAGGCAGGCUUUGGAUGGGAUGAUUGGACUAGUUUGGCAUCUGCUAUCUUCGCCAUAAUCGUCAUGGCCUUCAUGUUGGCCGCAUGUAGCUACGGCUUUGGACAGCAUAUGGCCAACCUUUCACCAGCGAACAAAAUUAUGACCCUCAAGAUGUUCUUUGUCAGCCAGAUUUUCUACAAACUCACAAUCAACACGACGAAGAUAUCGAUUCUCCUGUUAUACCUUCGUAUCUUCGUCCAGAGGUGGUUUCGGACCGCAUGCUAUGUUCUCUCGUCGAUUAUCGCCGCCUACAUGAUAGCUGCUUUCUCCGCCUCCGUUUUUCAAUGCACACCCGUGGCACGAGCCUGGAAUAAAACCAUACCCGGGACUUGCAUCUCCAUAACCACCAACUGGUACGCCAAUGCUGGUUUUUCAAUUGCAACUGAUUUCACCAUACUUGCCCUCCCGAUGCAGCCGAUCUAUUCCUCAAAUCUGAAGCUAAAGCAGAAAAUUGCGGUCAUGGGUCUCUUUGCCUUUGGUUCCUUUGUGGCAGUCACAAGUAUCCUUCGCAUGCAAACCCUUGACCUCUCGUCUACCAGCCCAGAUACAACUUACGAUCUUGACUCUUCUAUCUGGACCAUGAUCGAAGAGAAUAUCGCCAUAAUCUGCUCCUGCUUGCCGAUGAUGCGGGGACCUCUCUCCAUCUGUUUCCCGAGUGUGUUCUCUUCACAAUCGGCCAAUAGCCACUAUAACGCUGGCCAUAGUUCAAAAAAGAGCAGCACGACUGGGUCGAAUUCUGAAGGGUUAGGAUCUUCAAGAAGCCAAUGGUCGCGGCUUCAAGGCUAUCCCACUGAUCGGGCCGGCAUCAAUCUCAACGAGAUCAGCGGGACCAACAAACGCCCAUCCCAGGACAGCACUGGCCAGAUCCUGCCAGCAGGGAGGGAGAAUGGCAUCGAGGUAGAGGUUUCUAGUGAAGCUAAGGCGAUACGAAAGGUUCUUCAAUACAAAGUUUCUUACUCUGCCGCAGAUGGACGAUAA